GAGAAGCCAGUUACUUCCUGAAGGCAGCAGCCUCACCUCGGAGCCCUUUACCUGUGGUCCAUCACCCACCUGCAGCCAUGGAGAGUCAGCAGGACUUCAAGAUCCUUCAAGCCAAGUUCCAGGCCUCUCAGCCAGAGCCCAGUGAACUCCCCAGAAAACCCCCGAAGCCUGAGUUCAACAAACUGAAGAAGUUUCCACAGCUCGAGUUAAGUCAGCAGCCCAGUAAGCCCACACAGCACGAGUUCAUGGAUCUCAAGAAACUCCCACAGCCUGAGUUCACUGACCUCCCCAGGAAGCCCUUACAGUCCCAAAUUGCUAGUCUCACCAGGAAGCCCCCACAGCCAAAGUUUGGUGAGCUUUCCAAGAAGUCUCCACAGCUUGAUGUCAGUGAGGUCCCUCAGGCCUUGCAUCAGCUGCCUAAAAUUGUCCAGAAGCCCCUGCAGCCUGAAUUCAGCAACCCUACCAGGCCUUCCUCAGAACUGAAACCUAGUAUGUGCCCCAAGAAGUUCCAGAAGCCAGAGUCCAGUGAAGCCCCUUUGAGGCCCUCCCAGUCUGAGCUCAGUAGCUUUCCCAAGAAACCCCCAAAGCCUCAAGCUGGUGUCCUCACUAGCAAGUCCUUGCCACAACAUGAGUCCAGCAAGGUUCCUCUGACACCCUUGUCAAAGUCAAGGCUUGAAUCCAGUGAGCCCCCCCAUGGCUCCCUGCAGCCUGAGUUCAACUCAGAGCUCAGGAAGCUUCAGGACAGUGGUCACCCUAACAAGACCCCAGAGCAACCCAAGUUCUGUGAGGUCCCUCAGAUGCCCCCCUGGAAGCUACAGUCGGGUGACCCCCAACCUCACUCCCCACAACAGAACUUCAGUGAGUUUCCCAAGAAGCUCCCCCAGCUCCAGUUAAGUAACAUUCCUAGGACACCCUCAGAGCCUGAAGUCAGUGUGUUUCCCAAGGGGCAGCCCAAGUUCAUGGCAUUUUCCAAGAAGGCCCCACAGCCUAAGCUGGGUGGCCUCCCUAGAACGUCCUCUGAGCCUGAGUUCGGCUCACUCUCCAGGAAGUUUCCCAAACCUGAAUCCAAGAAUCUCCCACAACCUGAGUGCUUCAGAGUUCUCCCUAGAAAGGCAUCUCUACCUAGCACAGUUUCCGAGAGCUGUCUGCCCACUGCUAUGGCAGGCUCCAGCCCCAAGUUCCCACUCAGCCCUGGGUUUGUAGUCACCGGGACACCCCGCUGGAGGUCAGAUGACUUCCAACUCCAACACCCACCCCAGCGGAGACUUUUGCCCUCUUCCAGUAGCCUGGGAACCCCCCCAGCCAAACCCCCACGCCCCCCAAGCCCAAUCAAUAUCCAGAACUUUCAGAGACCCUCUGCAGCAGCUGCCACAGCUUUACAGAGAACUGGCUCUUCUGCUGGGACCCACUCCCAAACACACCGGCCUAAACACAUCCUACAGAACCUGGAGGAGAUGUAUGAGCUCUAUGAUGAUGUGGAGCCCACAGAAGACUCCAGCAGCCUCAGGGACAGAGAUCAAGUACAUUCUACCUACCAAGCCACCAGGAGGCCGCCACAAGAACCAGAGCUCAAGAAGAAGGCCACUCAGCCACAGCAGUUGCCACCCAUGGAUCCAAAGUUGCUGAAACAGAUCAGGAAAGCAGAAAAGGCCGAGAAAGAGUUUCGGAAGAAAUUCAAGUUUGAAGGGGAAAUCGUGAUUCACACAAGGAUGAUGAUUGACCCUAAUGCCAAGACACGGCGAGGGGGCGGCAAGUACCUGGGGAUAAGGCGUGGUGAGAUCUUGGAGGUGAUCGAGUUCACCAGCAAGGAAGAGAUGCUGUGCCGGGACCCCAAGGGCAAGUAUGGCUAUGUACCCAGAACUGCACUCCUGCCUCUGGAAACGGAAGUGUACGACGACGUUGGCUUCUAUGGUAUGUAUACCCUCUGGUGCGCUGGGAAGGAGCACAGUGACUCCUACAGGCUGUUUGCUAUCAUACCUCUGGGGAAUGAGAUCAUUUGA